AAUGUUCCUGAGUUGUGAUUACAGCUGGCAAAGCCAUAGCAGACAUGUAAAAUUAAAGAGGUAAAUGUACAGCCUGCUUCUUACAUCUGUUAGAAUAAAGUAUUAUAUCUUGUAAGAUAUCAUACAAUUGAAAUCCUUGACACGAGAAGAAGAACAGAAAGUAUGAGAGUGGAUAAUGAGUGCUAUGAUAGAGCAAUGGCAGUGGAAAAUGGAUGCCAUGAUAAACAUGGCAAGUUCCACUUUGUACUGAUACAUGGUGCAGGCCAUGGAGCUUGGUGUUGGUACAAAAUUGUUCAUCUUCUUCAAAACUCAGGGCAUAAGGUGACUGUCUUGGAUCUUACAGGGGCAGGCAUCAACCCUGCCAAUCCUGAUUCAAUCACAUCUUUUGAAGAUUAUGAUGCACCUCUUAUGAAUUUUCUAUCUCAGAUAUCCAACUCCGAAAAGGUUGUGCUAGUUGGUCACAGUGCAGGAGGGCUAAGCUUGAGCCAUGCAAUCCAUGUGUUUGGUUAUAAGAUUGCAGUUGCAGUUUAUAUUGGUGCCACAAUGCUGCCAAGUGGGUUUUGUUCAGAGCAAGAUGUUCAGCUGGGAGUUCCAGACUUGCUAAAAGUGAGUGAAUUCCACUACGGGCUUGGUCCAGAGCAUCCCCCAACAACUUAUAAAAUCAGCACAGAAUUCCAAAGAGAAACCCUCUAUCAACUCAGCCCUCCUGAGGAUGCAGCUCUGGCUUCAAUCCUCAUUAGACCAGCACCAUUGUUGGCGUUCCAUACAGCCAAAUUUUAUGAAGAGUCUGAAGAAUUCAAGAAGGUUCCAAGAGUUUAUAUGAAAACCUUGCAGGACAGAAUAAUUUUAUUAGAAAAACAGGAGGCCAUGAUCAAACUGUGGCCUCCUGAUAUUGUCCUAAGCAUGGAUACUGAUCACAGUCCUUUCUUCUCUUCACCUCUGGAACUCCAUGCACAUCUGCUUCAAAUUGCCCACCUUUUCCCAUGAUUGAUUACUGUAGUUCUAUAUAAGCAAAAGCUCUAAUCUAUGUUUGUUACAGUAUGUACCACCCUAAUAGUAUGUGAUUUGUUAGGUGUAUGUCUUAAUGAUAUCAGAUUUCUUCUAUCUAUAAUUAGAAUAUAUGAUUAAAUUUGUUUUCUA